AUAGAAUUGUGACGAGACAGUAGUUUUAUGGAAUCUGUUGGUUAUUUACAGUUACUAAGUUUGGCCUAGGGACCAUACGCUAAAGGGAAGUGUAUGCCAGUGCCACCUGCAUUAAAACAGGAAUUAUGACCACACCCUGUCGACCCGUCUCCCUGGCCAACCAAUGAUUAAUUAAUUGAUAUUUCGAGAGGUAUCUUAGUUUUUACAUAAAUGUCAAAAGAGAGAGUAGCCUAGCCUAACAUUUUUUACCAUUAGCCUACAAUCAGUUUUAAUUGUGCCUGAAGAUAAUGACACCAAUAUUUUGAAAUAGAUUUAUUUAACCAGUAUUCCACUAUAACGAGAUAUAUGUGUAGAGACUUAGACAUUAUUUACUUUGCCAGCAAAUAAAAACUGUUAAUUUAUCUAUUUAUUUAAUUAUUACAGAUAAUAUGCGGGAAACGUAGGCCUGAACAAGAUCCAGUGAUACCCCAUUUUUGACCAUUCGGAGAAAGGACUGGUUGCAGCAAUUCUUGUAGACUACCAUCCCGACACUUUCUCGAGUGUAGCUGCGAAACUAAUAUUUAUUGAAUAUUUAUUGAAAAUGGCUUCGAAAUUCCUGAAAUUGAAUUCAAAAAGGGGAUUUCCCAUGCCUGCUGUGGGACUAGGAACGUAUCAAAUGAAAGGAGAUAUAUUGAGAGAAGCCUUGGAUUACGCUUUAUUUCUCGGCUACCGACAUAUUGAUACUGCAUUAAGUUACGGAAACGAAAAAGAAGUGGGCGAGGUUGUGAAUUGGUGGAUUAAAAAUGGUAAAAUUCGACGUGGGGAAGUUUUUAUAACAACUAAAGUUCCUCCUGUUUAUUUAGAAUUUAAAGAUACCCUGAAAAGUGCCGAGCAAUCACUAGAUAACUUAAAACUACCGUUUGUAGAUAUGUUACUGAUUCAUCAUCCUUGCGGUAACGUCAACCGUAAGGACGGAACGUUAAAGCCGUUGAAUUCUAAAGGUGAACGGGAACUGGCUAGUUACGAUACGACGGAAACGUGGCGGGCGAUGGAACGACUUGUUUCUGAAGACAAAGUCGUCCAUAUUGGACUCUCCAACUUUCAACCCAGUGCAAUCAAUAAAAUAUGGAAGUACAGUAAAGUGAAACCGUCGAAUCUACAACUGGAAUGCCACGCCUAUCUUCAACAAAACGAACUUAGAAAAUUGUGCAAUAAGAAAAAAAUAGUGAUGACGGCGUAUGCUCCUUUAGGCGCCAUCACUCGCCCUGAACAAAGUCCAGAUCAACCAGUUUUAUUGGAGGAUCCAACUGUCAAUCAAAUAGCAAAGGAACUCGACAGAACGCCUGGAGAAAUUCUUCUCAAAUUCGUUACCUUAUUAGGCAAUACUGGCGUUCUUCCAAAAAGUCAAACGAAGGAACGUCUGGAGAAAAAUAUUGAAAUAUUUGAUUGGGAACUGACCGAUGAACAUUUCAAGAAACUUAAAACUCUGGAUAGAAAUAUGAAAUAUUUUGAUUUUCCGUGGGCUAAAAACCACCAGUAUUUCUUUCCAGAUGAACCGUUUUAAUUUAAAAUAUAGAACUGUUUAUAUUGUUUGACUGGUAAGAUACAAACUGUGAGCAAUUGUAUUUUAAGAAACUGGAGGCAUUUUUGAGAUUCUUUUAAUCAUCAGCCGAACUGAGACCAAUUUAAAUUAUGUAAGAAACUAUAACAAGAAAAAGUG